CUUUGAUGAAGUCUGUGAAUCAUGUCAGAGUCAGUCACAUAGCCCGGGUCCCGGCUGCCUCCUGACAGCUUGUGGGGCCAUGUGGGAUGGGUUUGUGGCUCUGGGUGUUUGCUGACAGACCUGCUAAUUAAACACCAAAAGGCAGUGUGGCUCUGCCAGUAACUGAUGGCUGUGCCAAUGUUAUCAGCUGGGUUUUGUGUUUUCCCUACAACUGGCUGCCAGGAGCAUCCUAAUUAAAAAUAAACAGCCUUGUCAGGGUGGUCAUUUGAGUGUUUCCUUUUCCUCCUUUCUCUCCCUACCUGGGUUACCUAGGACUUUAGGAAAGGGGCCAGACUAAGUGACCUGGUAACCUUCCGCCAGCGCUGUUCCAAACUGGUCCCUGUUGGAUAGGGAGGCUGAACGAUUGAUGUGAUUUACCUUGUUCUCUAAAAACCUCUCUGAUUCAGAGAGGGAUCAGCUCGAGUGACGGGCGGAAAGGAGCAGAAUACUUGACGAAGGUCCAGGACUGUGAAGGGAAGGCUGCCUGUGGCUUGUGGCUGAAUGGUUUUGUCCUCGGGGUCUCUGGAGUGAAGGGACAGCUAAAGAGCAGAGCCUCUCCUUGGAGGGGUUAGAAUUUCAUUGGAGAGUGGCCGGUCACAUGAGGACUUUUGGCUCCCACUCCAUGGCAGGCUGGACACAAGCAUGUCAGGACUGAGAGAGUUGAUCGUUACAGGCUUUGACUGGGGUGGAAGGGGGGGAACAGUCCCACCCUGAUCCGGAGAAGGAGAGAGCUCUCAUAGCCCAAGGAGACAGCAGCAGCAGCAGCAGCAGGAACGGCCGGGAAGGCAGGGGACUAUGCAGCCUGGGAGGCAGCUCCCAGAAAACUUCUGAAGCCUUCUUUGAGCCCUCGAGAAAGUGUGUGGUCUCUGGGCCAGAAAAUCGGAAGAUGCCUAAGGAAUGCAAUGCUUUUCAUACGCUCUCAGCGGCUUUGUGCUGCUUUUAUCACCGGAAGUCUGUCAUUGGAGUGAAGUUCUCCAAGGAGAGACACAUAAUGGACAGGAGCCCUGAGAAGCUGCUGAAGAAGGAACUGGAGGAGGAGCUGCAGCUCAGCAGCGAGGAUAUACGCAGCCACGCCUGGUAUCACGGGCGCAUUCCGCGACAGGUAUCAGAGAGUCUUGUGCAGCGAGAUGGAGACUUCUUGGUACGGGAUUCUCUCUCUAGCCCUGGAAACUUUGUCCUGACCUGUCAGUGGAAGAAUACAGCCCAACAUUUCAAGAUCAGCAAGACAGUUCUCCGUCUCAAUGAAGCUUAUUGCCGUAUCCAGUAUCAGUUUGACCAGGAAAGUUUUGACACCAUCCCAGGUUUAGUCAGAUGCUACGUGGGGAAUCGUCGGCCAAUAUCCCAGCAGAGUGGGGCUAUUAUUUUCCAGCCCAUCAACAGGACUGUACCACUGAGAUGUCUGGAGGAGAGGUAUGGUACUUCUCCCACCCGGUCAAGGGAAUACAGCCUCUCAGAGGGAAAAAUGGAAACCACAAAAAGACUGAGCCUCAAUAUGUGCAAUGUGCCAUCUCGAGAACAGAGUUUGGCCAGAGGAAAUCUUCUAAGAAAUAAAGAAAAAAGUGGGAGCCAGCCUGCAUGCCUGGAUCACAUGCAGGAUAAAAGGUCCUUAUCCCUCAAGGCCCACCAGUCAGAAAGUUACCUGCCAAUUGGUUCUAAGCUGCCGCUCCAGUCCUCUGGAGUAGACACAAGCCCCUGUCCAAAUUCCCCGGUGUUCAGGACAGGCAGUGAGCCGACACUCAGCCCCACGGUGGUGCGGAGGGUUUCCUUGGAAGCCCAGGUCCCCGGGGAAGCCCUGCGAGGAUCGGACAGCCAGCUGUACCCCAAACCUCCACCUAAGCCCAGUAAAGUGCCUUUCCUCAAGCCACCUCCGUCCCCUUCCACUUGGCACAACUUUGAGGCAAACUAUUGUGAACUUAACCCUGCCUUUCCCCCUGGCUUCUGUGGGACAAAGCAGGCUCUGUGUCCCCAGAGCGGCUGUGGGGAGCCCCCAAUGCCCAGGGAGAACGGGGCCCUCUCGUUCCGAAACUCUGGCACCAACUAUCUGAUCCUGGACGACGACGCUCCAAGGCCUUCUCGGGCCCCCUUGGCUGCCCAGAUGGAGAAGGGACAGGAAGGCGGCGGGGUGUUUGUGACACCCUUUCUGGAAACGGUCUCUUCCUUCAGACCCAAUGACUUUGAAUCCAAACUCCUUCCUCCUGAAAACAAGCCUCUGGAAACAUCAAUGUUGAAACGAGCCAAGGAGUUGUUCACCAAUAAUGAUCCCAAGGUUAUCGCCAAGCACAUGCUGAAGAUGGACUGCAAGGUUGCUAGGAUACUAGAGGUCUCUGAAGAGAUGAAAAGGAUCAUGGGUGUAAGCUCGGGUCUGGAACUCAUUACCUUGCCUUAUGGACACCAACUGCGCCUGGAUAUCAUCGAAAGACACAACACCAUGGCCAUAGGCAUAGCGGUGGAUAUCCUCGGCUGCACGGGCAGUUUGGAGGAGAGAGCAGCAACCCUCCAUAAGAUCAUUCAGGUAGCUGUGGAAUUGAAGGACUCCAUGGGGGACUUGUAUGCGUUCUCUGCCAUCAUGAAAGCCUUGGAAAUGCCACAAAUUACAAGGUUAGAACAGACAUGGACUGCUUUACGACACCAGUACACCCAGACAGCAAUCCUCUAUGAAAAGCAACUGAAACCUUUCAGCAAAACUUUACACGAAGGCAAAGAGACCAUGUGUGUUCCUCAAAACAAGGUAACAGUCCCACUGCUUAUGCCUCUGGUGACCUUGAUGGAGCGGCAGGUAGUCACUUUUGAAGGGACAGACAUGUGGGAAAAAAAUGAUCAAAGCUGUGAAAUCAUGCUGAGCCAUCUAGAAACAGCCCGAUUCAUAGCCCAGGCUGCAGACAUGUAUCGGGCAAAUGCAGAGAGUAUCCUCGAAGGUUUUCAGGCAGAUGAAGAGAUGAAUGAAAUCUUCAAGACUGAAUUUCAGAUGAGAUUGCUAUGGGGAAGCAAAGGAGCACAAGUCAAUCAAACUGAGAGAUAUGAGAAAUUCAACCAGAUUUUAACUGCACUCUCACGAAAAUUAGAACCUCCUCCUUUGAAGCAUGCAGAACUCUGUAGAGUCUUCAAAGAAUCAUAAGAUAUUAUUUCAACCUUACCCAAUUUUCUCUUUGGGAAACUUUUAUCAUUUGACAAAAUAAUUAAAUACAAAUGUGACAAAUAUAGAAACCUUUAGUAUCCACAGGAUAUUUGAAAAUGUAAAUUGCACAGUGCACAUUUAUUUAUAAAUUGUUAAAAAUUACUACUGAUUUUAAAAGGAAUCAUAAUUUAUUAAUGUUACUGUUGCUAAUGAUUUGUUAGACAACUUUAAGAAAAUACCUUGUGGGACAGGGUUAGCUGAUCUCCUUUGAUCAGAUUUAACUCUUAAAAUAAUUGCAUUUGACCACUUCCAAUAAUUAUAAUUCCCACAGGAUUAUGUAGCAGAUGUGUAAAUAGAAAGGUAGGUUAAGAACAGCAUGAAACAUUUCAGAAGGUAUCAGUUGUAUGAUAUUCUUUAAAUGAAUAUGAAAACUGUGUAAAUAUCCAUAAAUAAAAAUAUAUCUUUAUGUGAA